CAACUACUCAUGUUGAAACCACGACCACAUUGCCUAGCAUGGCAUCGCUACAAGCAGCAACUGUGUCGAAUAAGAUAGUGCGUAAACGCAAACGGAAAGAUGCCGAAGACGACAAUUGCCAAUCCCCCGCACCAGCUUCCGAAGCGGGUGUUGAAGCCUCUUCCAGCACAACUUCGGUCUUGACCAAGACUCAUGAUGGCGGAGCAAAGCCACGAAGAGCUACAAAGUCUAAGCAACCACCUGCUCUUGCUCGCAAUGCAUCGUCGUUCUCCACGCCCGUCACAAGUGACAUUCCUUGGCCAGCAUAUUUCCAGUCUCUCGAGAAGACCCACCGAGCACUGAACCUCGUCUUCACGUUCUGUUCUACACGAAAGCAUCUAGCGACCACCUUUGAUACAAUCAAAACGGCUGUGGAAGGGCAUACAAAGCGCACAUUGGAAAUUGAAGAGGUCGCAAAGAUUGUGGCGUUGAGACCUGGGGGCAUGAACUUCUCUUACGUAGAUGAAGCCAUGCUACAAGUGGAUGUGCGGGGCUCGGAAAGAGAUGAUACAUUCAAGGGUGGGAGAGCUAAGAGUUGGCAUGCUGCUGGUCCACCUCCUGAUGUCUCUGUAGGUGGAGUGACUGGCGGCGAGGGGCUUGGUGACGAAGAAAUCGGCGAUGGGAAGGAAGUAUUGUUCUUCGAGUUUGUUGAUGGGGACUUGAAGCGACAAGUUGAGAACAAGAAGACUGGUGAACCAACCAAGGCUACCAGAAAGUUGAGAGACGAGGAUCUGAAGAUGCCGGUCUUCAGCCAGAAACAGAUGAUGGGGCUAAUUGAGAAGAGGAAUAAGAAGUUUACGAGUGCUAUCAAUGCUUUCUUGAAUCGCUGUCGAGAGGAGAAUGUGGAUCCCGCGCAGACUUUGGACAAGGAAGCUGAAGCAUAUAUUCCUCAGCCAAGCGUCUCCCGAAGCACCACACCGAAGCCGGAUUACAGCAUUCUACCUAAAACUAUUCCUAAAGAAAGAGAAUCUAUUUCUCAGAUUAUCAAAGAGCUUAAAGACAGCGAGUGGUACACUGGACAGAUUGUCCCAGAUGGACAUAGAGUGUUUGAUCCUCAAGAGGCAAUCUAUGGUGAUUUGAACUUCCAGCUCAGUCAAGAUCUGGUCAAUGCUCUCUACAACACGAAAAAUAUCACGCAACUCUAUGCUCAUCAAGCCGAAGCUAUCAACAAUCUUCAUGAUGGACACCAUGUCAUCGUCGCUACUUCUACCAGUUCGGGAAAGUCUCUGAUCUACCAGAUCCCGGUUCUGCAUGAGCUCGAGCGAGAUCACAAUACUAGAGCAAUGUACAUAUUUCCCACCAAAGCUCUAGCUCAGGACCAAAGAAGGAGUCUCAAAGAGAUGAUGAGAUUUAUGACUGGGUUGGAAGAGACCAUCGUUGAAACCUUCGACGGAGAUACCGCCAUGGCGGAUCGCAAUCUCAUCCGUGAUGAAGGCAGAAUCAUCUUUACCAAUCCGGACAUGCUUCAUAUCACAAUUUUGCCCCAAGAAGAGAAGUGGCGUACAUUCCUCAAGAAUCUAAAAUAUGUGGUAGUUGACGAAAUCCACGUAUACAAUGGCUUAUUUGGCUCUCAUGUUGCUCUCAUCAUGCGGCGUUUGAGGAGGAUAUGCACGGCGGUGGGAAACCGCCAUAUCAAGUUCAUAUCUUGCUCUGCUACUGUAGCUAAUCCUUUGGAGCACUUUAAGACUAUUUUUGGGAUUGAAAAGGUCGAAAUGACAGAUUUCGAUGGAUCACCUUCGGGCAGAAAAGAAUUUCUGUGCUGGAAUACGCCGUACAAAGAUCCUGGGGACCCUGCUAGCGGGCGCGGAGAUACAAUGGCUGAGGCUGCAAGAUUGUUCUGUCAACUGAUUCUCCGAGGAGUUCGAGUGAUCGCAUUCUGUAGAAUCAGAAAAGGCUGUGAAGCUCUUGUUGGAGCUGUCAAGACCGAAUUGACGAACUUGGAGCGUGCAGAAUGUAUGGCUCGAGUGAUGGGCUACAGAGGUGGUUAUACUCCCCAAGACAGGCGCCGUAUCGAGAGCGAAAUGUUCGAUGGAAAGCUGAUGGGAAUCGUUGCUACUACGGCACUUGAACUUGGAGUCGAUAUCGGAUCACUUGAUGCUGUCAUUACCGUCGGAUUUCCAUACUCUAUCGCAAAUCUGCGGCAACAGAGUGGUCGGGCUGGCCGAAGGAACAAAGACUCCUUGUCUGUACUUGUAGGAGACUGUUUUCCUACGGAUCAAUUCUAUAUGCAGAAUCCAGAUGAGAUCUUCACGAAGCCCAAUUGCGAACUGCAAGUUGACUUGCAGAACUUAUUGGUGUUGGAAGGACAUCUGCAGUGUGCUGCAUAUGAGAUGCCUCUUCGUCCAGAUGAAGAUGCUCAAUACUUCGGCAAGAAUACCCAAGAGCUUGCUGAAGAAAGAAUGACAAAAGAUGAGCUGGGAUUCUACCAUUGCCAUGAACGCUUUCGACCUGUGCCUUCGAAGUACGUCUGCAUCCGAGACACCGAAGAAGAUCAUUUUGCGAUUGUGGAUAUCAGUCAUGGCAAGAAUAUUGUCUUGGAAGAAUUAGAGGCAUCUCGAGCUUUCUUCACAUUGUACGACGGGGGCAUCUUUCUCCACCAGGGCAAUACAUAUCUCGUGAAGGAGUUCAAUCCAGAACGUAAGAUAGCCAAGGUAGAGCUCGUGAGAGUGGACUGGACAACACAGCAGCGAGAAUUCACGGACAUUGAUCCUGUUGAAACAGAAGCCAUUCGUCGUAUCCCUAAAUCGCUUUCUCGAGCGUUCUAUGGCCAAAUCAAGAUUCAGCAAACAGUCUUUGGCUUCUUCAAGGUCGACAAACGUAGGCGCAUCCUGGAUGCUGUACAGGUCGAUAAUCCUCCUAUUAUUCUGUUCAGUAAGGGGAUGUGGCUAGAUGUCCCGAAACAAGCCCUCGAAAUCCUGGUAGAAAGACGGUUGAACGUAGCAGGUGCUAUUCAUGCCGCAGAGCACGCAGUACUAAGUUUGAUGCCAAACUUCGUGGUCAGCAUGCCUGGCGAUGUUCGUACAGAAUGCAAAGUACCCCAGAAGGAGUUUGCGCAAAAAGAGUCAUCUCGCAAACGUCCAGCGCGACUCACAUUCUACGAUGCCAAAGGCGGGGCAGGCGGGUCAGGUAUCAGCACGAAGGCAUUCGAGUUCAUUGAUUUGCUGCUGAAGCAAGCAGUACGGAGAGUUGAAGCUUGUCAUUGUCAUGAGGGUUGCGUAGAGUGUGUCACCAGCGAGCUGUGCAUGCAUGCUAAUGAGGUCAUGAGCAAAGCUGGAAGCGAAGUCAUUUUGAAGAGCUUGCUGAAUAUGGAGAUCGAUAUAGAUGCUCUGCCUAUGGGCCCAGAGGAGUUCAGUCCUGCUGGUAUAGAGACUGUGGUUCUUGCACAGCCAGUAUUGCCUCGAGGUAGGAUGGUGGAUGUUGUUGAUGUCAAGAAUGAGGGUGGGGCGAGGAGAGAUCGGGUGGUGGGACAUGUGGAUGAAGAUGGCGUUGAAGAAGCGGUUAGGAUCAAGGCUGAGCCAGAGGAUUAGG